AUGUCGACCCAGCAGCUAGUGGAAACCAACAGGGAGAAAGCUGAGAUUUACACGGACCCAACACUUUGCAAGAUCAAAUCCAAGGAGCUGCUGGAGAAAAUCAAUCUCCCCAGGGGUUUGCUUCCUCUGGAUGAAAUCACGGAAGUGGGUUACAAUGAAUCCACGGGUUUUGUGUGGCUGAAGCAGAAGAAGAGCAAGACCCACAAGUUCCCUCUCAUUGACCGUCUCGUCAGCUAUGAUACUGAUAUCACCGCUUUCGUUGAGGAUCGCCGGAUGAAGAAGCUCACCGGCGUCAAGAGCCGGGAGUUUCUCAUUUGGGUCACCAUCUCUGAGAUUUCCAUCCAGGACCCUAAUUCUGGGAAGAUUACUUUUGGUACCCCUACCGGGAUUUCCAGAAGCUUUCCGGUGAACGCUUUUGCCGAGGAAGAGGAGAAGAAGUAG